UCUCCAUUUCCCUCUCUCUCUAAAUCACUCACAAUCGCUCUCUAUAUUGAAACCUAUGGAAUCAAUCAACAGUUGGAUGUCGAUGAGGACGAUUCUGAUAUCAGCUGGAGUUUUAUCCGCAGCUCUGGCGCUGAAGCUGUCGAUUCCGGCAGCCGUCGACGGCUUUCCGACGCUGUGGUCGGUCGUGUUGUCGUGGAUGAAGCCUCCGUAUCUGUACAUAAUCAUCAACGGCAUCAUCAUCACCAUCGCCGCCACGUCUCACUUCAGCCAGAGCCACAACGAGCCUGCGGCGGCUCGAUCUGAUCACCUGAUCUCGGCCGUAACGCCUCCGGCCGAGAUUUUUCAACCGAUUUCGCCUCCGGAGAAUGUCGACGCAGCAGACGUGCCGGAAACGGCGCCGGAGGAGGUUGCGGCGUCGGCGUUUGAAGAGGAUUUGAAACCGAUGGUGGUGAACGGUUUGAAGGUUGAAUUCGCGGCGGAAGUAGACGAUCUGCGCGUGAUUCGCGCGGAGGCUGAAGAUGAGUUCGAUGAAUCGGCUUUGCCUUACACUCCGCCGUUGCGCGAGAGUUUUUCGCCGGAAGUUCAAUUCGAGUCGCUCUUUCCGGCGAGGGAGAAACCGCUCGCUUCUUCCAGAUUCGUGCACCGGAAGCCGAGUAGAACUCCUCCCGAAGGUGCGAGGGCGCUGCGGCGCGUAGCUCGGCCGAAGAAGCAGGAGACGCUGGAGAGCACGUGGAAGAUGAUAACCGAGGGGCGUCACGUGCCGCUCACGCGACACCUAAAGAAAUCCGAGACGUUUGAGCAGCACGCGUCGCCCGCCAUGGAUCACGCCGCCGUCGUGCCAAAGUCGGAGACGUUCAAGGAUCGCAGCAGCUACGACGCGCCUCCGCCGCCGAGGAUCAAAAAAGAGCCGUCGCUGGGGCAGGACGAGUUGAAUCGGAGAGUGGAGGCGUUCAUCAAUAAGAUGAAUGAAGAUAUGAGGAUGCAGAGACAGGAAUCGCUGCAGCAAUUCCAUGAGAUGAUCAAUCGUGGGAUAGCUUCUUUUCGAAAACAGAAUCACAGUUAAUUAUGAUGGGAAUUUUUGAUAUUUUUAGAAGUUAUGAAAUUCUUUGGUUAGAGGAGUUUACAGGUUAACAGAAAAAAAGGUUUGUGUAUAAUAUUUAUUUCAUUCUGUACAUUAAUGAAUUUGUUAUAGUGUUUUUGCAAUUUAA